AUCGAUGCCUCCACCCCGCCCGGGGAGCCGCCAUUUUGGGGGGAGGAGAAACGCUUUUCUGGGCUGCGGCGGUUCAACGGGAUGCCGAGUGGCUUUUGCUUCUCUUGCCAGCGGUGUGGCGCCGGGUCAGAAGCCUCCACCGGGGCCACUCCUCUAGCUGCCUCUCCGGAAUGAGGCCUCAGCUCCCGCGCGAGACGGCCCCCUGUCUCCUUUCAGAGAGCCCAAGCAGAGGCCGAAGCCGAGACGAUGCCUGGGAAGCUGAAGGUGAAAAUCGUGGCCGGGCGCCAUUUGCCAGUGAUGGACCGAGCUAGUGACCUGACUGAUGCCUUCGUGGAGGUAAAAUUUGGUAAUACCACCUUUAAAACAGAUGUGUAUCUCAAGUCCCUCAACCCUCAGUGGAACUCAGAAUGGUUUAAAUUUGAGGUGGAUGAUGAAGAUUUACAAGAUGAACCUCUCCAGAUCACAGUUCUUGACCAUGAUACAUAUAGUGCAAAUGAUGCCAUUGGUAAAGUGUAUAUUGAUAUUGACCCUUUACUCUACAGUGAGGCUGCAACAGUCAUCUCAGGAUGGUUUCCAAUUUAUGAUACCAUUCAUGGUAUCCGUGGGGAAAUCAAUGUAGUUGUCAAAGUAGACCUCUUCAAUGACUUGAAUCGAUUUAGGCAGUCAUCAUGUGGAGUCAAAUUCUUUUGCACAACAUCCAUCCCAAAGUGCUAUAGAGCUGUAAUAAUUCAUGGAUUUGUAGAAGAACUUGUGGUCAAUGAAGACCCAGAAUAUCAAUGGAUUGAUCGAAUUCGCACACCAAGGGCAUCAAAUGAGGCCAGACAGAGACUCAUUUCUUUAAUGUCAGGUGAAUUGCAGAGGAAAAUUGGCUUGAAAGUGCUUGAAAUGAGAGGAAAUGCGGUUGUUGGGUACUUACAGUGUUUUGAUCUGGAAGGCGAGUCUGGGUUAGUGGUACGAGCCAUAGGAACAGCGUGUACCCUGGAUAAAUUAAGUAGCCCAGCAGCACUCCUUCCUGCAUGUAAUUCCCCAUCCAAAGAAAUGAAGGAGAUUCCCUUCAAUGAAGAUCCCAAUCCCAAUACUCACUCAUCAGGACCCUCAACCCCUCUGAAAAACCAAACUUAUUCCUUUUCACCUUCCAAGUCCUACAGUCGACAGUCCUCUUCUUCUGACACAGAUUUGAGUUUGACACCCAAAACUGCACCUUACCCACAGGGGCCUAGGAUUUACCUGUGUCCCAGCUCCCCCUCUCUCCCUUGUGGUUCCCUUCAUCUUAAAAAGUCCUGUCUUCUCCUCUCGGAAUCUAGCCUUCCCCCUCAUCCUUCUAGCCUUGUCAGCCCAGUUCUGAGGAAAAGUGUUUCUUUCAGUGAAGAGCUGUUCCUGGCUGCUUCUGGAAUGGGAAGUGGUAGUGCUGGAAAAGAAGGGGGGCCCUUUAAAGCUCUUUUAAGACAACAGACUCAGUCAGCAUUGGAACAGAGGGGAGGAUCGCCUCAUAGGUUCUGUAGAAGGCGGGAAUUUCCAUUCUUUACCUUGACGGCGUUUCCUCCUGGAUUUCUUGUGCAUGUUGGGGGUGUUGUUAGUGCACGCUCUGUGAAGCUUUUGGAUCGUAUCCACAAUCCUGAUGAACCAGAAACUCGAGAUGCGUGGUGGGCAGAAAUCAGACAAGAAAUAAAAUCACAUGCCAAAGCAUUAGGCUGUCAUGCUGUAGUGGGCUACAGUGAGUCAACUAGCAUCUGUGAAGAGGUCUGUAUUUUAUCUGCUUCCGGCACGGCAGCUGUACUGAACCCUAGAUUUCUGCAGGAUGGCACCGUGGAGGGCUGUUUGGAACAGAGGCUAGAAGAAAACUUGCCUGCAGGCUGUGGCUUUUGCCAUAUACCAUAUGAUGAACUGAAUAUGCCAUUUCCAGCUCAUCUCACAUACUGCUAUAACUGCAGAAAACAAAAAGUUCCUGAUGUUCUUUUUACAACUAUAGACCUCCCGGUGGAUGCAAUAGUUAUUGGAAAAGGUUGUCUCAUUCAAGCAAGGUUGUGUCGCUUAAAAAAGAAAGCACAAGCAGAAGCCAAUGCCACAGCCAUCAGUAAUCUGUUGCCAUUUAUGGAGUAUGAAGUGCAUACUCAGCUAAUGAAUAAGCUGAAACUCAAAGGAAUGAAUGCUUUGUUUGGACUGAGAAUUCAGAUCACCGUGGGCGAAAAUAUGUUGAUGGGCUUAGCUUCAGCCACAGGUGUAUAUUUGGCAGCCUUACCAACGCCUGGUGGUAUUCAGAUUGCUGGGAAGACUCCUAAUGAUGGCUCAUAUGAGCAACAUAUAUCUCAUAUGCAGAAGAAGAUAAAUGACACGAUUGCCAAAAAUAAAGAGUUAUAUGAAAUCAAUCCUCCAGAGAUAUCCGAAGAGAUUAUAGGAUCACCCAUUCCAGAACCUAGACAACGCUCAAGACUUUUGAGAUCUCAAUCAGAAAGCUCUGAUGAAGUUACAGAAUUGGACCUUUCACAUGGAAAAAAAGAUGCAUUUGUUUUGGAGAUUGAUGACACAGAUGCUAUGGAAGAUGUACAUUCUCUGCUCACUGAUGUUCCACCUCCUUCAGGCUUUUAUAGUUGUAAUACAGAAAUUAUGCCUGGUAUAAACAAUUGGACAUCUGAAAUACAGAUGUUCACAUCAGUAAGAGUAAUCCGAUUAAGCAGCCUUAACCUGACUAAUCAAGCCCUCAAUAAGAACUUUAAUGAUCUCUGUGAAAAUUUGCUUAAGAGCCUGUAUUUUAAACUACGGUCUAUGAUUCCUUGCUGCCUUUGCCAUGUAAAUUUUACAGUAUCUCUCCCUGAAGAUGAAUUAAUUCAGGUUACAGUCACAGCAGUUGCAAUAACUUUUGACAAAAAUCAGGCUUUACAGACCACAAAAACACAUGCCGAGAAGUCAUUGCAAAGAGCCUCUACAGAUAAUGAAGAACUUCUGCAGUUUCCCUUGGAACUAUGUUCAGAUUCACUUCCUUCUCAUCCUUUUCCACCAACAAAAGAACACCUGGAGAGUGCAAGUGCUAACUCAGGUAUACCAGCUGCACAGAGAGCAACGUCAGUUGAUUACAGUUCCUUUGCAGACAGAUGCAGCAGCUGGAUAGAGCUCAUUAAACUGAAAGCUCAGACCAUAAGGCGCGGAUCAAUUAAGACAACUGUGACAGUCGAAAAAGCAAGUCCAAUGGGUGAAGGAACUUUCCGGAAUCGUUCAACCCCACCUUGUACAAAUUCUACAGUUGGGGUUGUCAAAAUGACACCUCUUUCUUUCAUUCCUGGAGCAAAAAUAACAAAAUAUCUUGGGAUAAUUAACAUGUUUUUCAUUCGGGAAACCACUUCUCUUCGUGAGGAAGGAGGGGUCAGUGGUUUUCUCCAUGCGUUUAUUGCUGAAGUGUUUGCAAUGGUGAGAGCUCACGUAGCUGCAUUGGGGGGAAAUGCUGUCGUCUCCUACAUAAUGAAGCAGUGUGUCUUCAUGGAGAAUCCAAAUAAAAACCAGGCACAGUGUCUUAUAAAUGUAAGUGGUGAUGCAGUGGUUUUUGUUCGUGAAUCUGAGUUAGAAGUGGUAUCAACUCAGCAGCCUGCCACCAGCUGCCAGCCCUCCUGUACUGGAGGAGAGGUUACGACCUGAAGUCACUUAGAAGAAAAGUGCUCAGCUAAGUGACAUUCGUCUGUCUCCAUUGUUAUGUCAUUCAUUAUCUUAUUGGACCUAAAAAAAUGAACUUAAUUUGAGAGAAAUUAAAAAAGAAUUGCUGCACUUUGAGUAUAUUUGACUUGUCUGGAAUCACUCAGAGGCUUGAGAAUUUUCAGAUCUUGACGUUUUGUUUGCUAAGCCAACACAGACAGGCCCUGUGGAGCCUUGACCCCUUAGUGCAGAUAAAUUUUUAGAGAGCUGUAGCAAAGAUGGAAGCUAUUUUUAAUUUUUGUUGAUUUUAAUAAAAUCAUAAUUUAAAAAAUGAAAUGGUAAGAUUAUCAGGAAAUUAGGAGAGCUAUCCUAGUAUAAUUUAGAAAAAGUAAGCAAGAAAUUCACAAAUUGUUAAUGAAUUAAUAAUCUGAUUCAAGGACUGUAUGGGAAAAAUGGAGGAAAGUUUUCAGAAAACGGCGUGGGUUUCUUACUGUGUUAUUUUGAUGGGUAAUUUGGUAAAAACUGAAUGGGAAAAGUGCUUCAGCUGUCUUUGAAAAAGAAGUUAAAAUUCUGUAACAUAUAUCCAUAAUAUAUCCUAAGUACUGGAAAAGAAAAAGUAAUUUAUCAGAGCCAGUGUGUUUCCAUUGGAAGCUUAAAUAACAUCAUUAAGGAAGGAGAAAAAAACUAUAUAACUUCAUUUCCCACCAAGUUUCAGUUUGUGUUUGUCUAGAAGAGACUUGGCUGCAGCUGGGAGAAAAGGCCAGUGAAUUUUGUUGAAGUAGUUAAAAUAUAAUUAAUUGAUCUAAUAGGAAGAGAAAAUUAUUUUCUAAUAAAAUCAUACUGCACUCCUGCCAGACAAACAAUUUUAGUAAUAUCUUAGGGAUUUUUGAGGUGAAUUAGACUGUAUUUGGCAUAGAAUUUGGAAAUGUAACUUGAAUGUAAAUAUGCUGCAGAAUGUUGAAUGUAUAGGUAGAAAUACUUUUUUUGUCAAUGCCAAAUACCUAUUACAAAUGAACUUUAAAAAGUACAUUCCUCCUUUGCACACUAAAAUUACUUUAUAAAACUCAUGAUUUUGCUCUUUCAGCAUAACAGUUGGCCUAAAGAUUAGAAGUCAUUUUCUUGUUAUCACAGGUGUCAAUAUUUUUCUGUAUUUUGUUUAUAAUUUUAUUUUUUAAAUAAAAAAUUUAUAAAGAUAAACU